AGAUGGCGUUUCUUGCACUGCACGUGUUGAUUGGGAUAUUUAUUUACUUUAGCAGUGUAAAAGGAUCUUCCCAGCCUCAAGCAAGGGUGUUUUUAACAUUCAAUGAACUGCAGGAAACUAAGACGUCCGAAUAUCACAGAAUAUCCCACAGUCCCCUGGAUUACAGGAUACUAUUAAUGGAUGAAGAUCAGGAUCGGAUCUACGUGGGCAGCAAAGAUCAUAUUCUGUCCUUGAAUAUUAAUAAUAUAAGCCAGGACCCUCUUAAUAUUUUUUGGCCAGCGUCAGCAAACAAGGUUGAAGAGUGCAAAAUGGCUGGCAAAGAUCCUACACACGGCUGUGGGAAUUUUGUGCGUGUGAUCCAGUCGUACAACCGCACACACCUCUACGUCUGCGGCAGCGGCGCCUUCAGCCCCGUCUGCGUCUACGUCAACAGAGGGCGCAGGUCCGAGGAACAAAUCUUCAAGAUCGACUCCAAGUGUGAAUCAGGGAAGGGACGUUGUUCUUUCAACCCCAACGUGAACACGGUGUCUGUUAUGAUCAACGAAGAGCUUUUUUCAGGCAUGUAUAUUGAUUUCAUGGGGACGGAUGCAGCCAUUUUUCGGAGCCUGACCAGGAGGAAUGCGGUGCGAACCGACCAGCACAACUCCAAGUGGCUGAGUGAGCCUAUUUUUGUGGAUGCUCAUGUUAUCCCAGAUGGCACUGACCCCAAUGAUGCCAAAAUCUACUUCUUCUUCAAAGAGAGACUCACAGACAACAGCGGCAGCACAAAGCAAAUUCAUUCAAUGAUUGCAAGAAUAUGCCCAAAUGACACAGGUGGUCAGCGUAGUCUUGUGAACAAGUGGACAACAUUCCUGAAAGCAAGACUUGUGUGCUCAGUAAUGGAUGAAGAUGGAACAGAAACUUACUUUGAUGAAUUAGAGGAUGUGUUUCUUUUAGAGACAGAUAACCCCAGAACGACGCUUGUCUAUGGAAUUUUUUCAACAUCAAGCUCCAUAUUUAAAGGCUCAGCCGUGUGUGUGUAUCAUCUGUCUGACAUCCAGACUGUGUUCAACGGGCCGUUUGCACACAAGGAAGGGCCAAACCACCAGCUGAUUCCAUAUCAGGGCAGAAUUCCGUACCCACGACCUGGCACGUGUCCAGGAGGAGCCUUCACACCUAAUAUGCGGACAACCAAAGAGUUUCCAGAUGAUGUUGUGACCUUCAUCAGAAAUCACCCUUUGAUGUUUAAUCCCAUUUACCCAAUACACAAGAGGCCAUUAAUCAUACGGAUAGGAGCUGACUACAAGUAUACAAAGAUUGCUGUGGAUCGAGUGAAUGCUGCUGAUGGAAGAUAUCACGUCUUGUUCCUCGGAACAGAUCAAGGAACUGUACAAAAAGUUGUUGUGCUACCCACCAACUUCUCUGCAAGUGGAGAACUCAUUUUAGAAGAGCUGGAAGUUUUUCAGAGUAACUCUCCUAUAACAACAAUGAAGAUUUCAUCUAAAAAGCAACAGCUGUACGUGAGCUCGGACGAAGGGGUGACCCAGGUGUCCCUGCACCGCUGCCACAUCUACGGCUCUGCCUGCGCUGACUGCUGCCUGGCCCGAGACCCCUACUGCGCCUGGGAUGGCAGCUCCUGCUCCAGGUUUUAUCCCACAGGGAAAAGGUGAGCAGCC